GUUGAGGACAAUACUGACACUAGUUCAAAUGAGAGCACAGAUAUUUAUAGUUCUAAUGAGUCAGAGAUUAUAUAUAAACAAAAUAACAACCCAGACCUGAUAUUUAAUAUUCAAGAUGAAAUUCAAGCUAUUGCUAAUGAAGCUUCCAAAUUUAA